UUCAUUGGCCUCGUCUUUCGGCCGGUCAGUGGCACUGUGGUCUUCUCUGGAGCUCUCAAACUAUAUUUCUCCUGUCUCGCACUACAAAGGCAACAAUAACAACAGCUGCACUUAUCACACUGAGGACUUAACAGAGACACAUGACGUGAAGAUGACUUCAGAAAGCUGUGUUCCAGCACCUUGUUUCUGCGAAGCUGUUGCACUUGUUUUAAUGGCUGAUCGGUUCUCACACUGUUGUGCAGCUUUAUUUUAAGGCGCGGGGUUGUUUUGCGCGUCAACAAUAAAGAGCAUGCUGCUGGAGCGACGGUGAGCGCGUUAAAUGAGCGCAUUUCACUCAUUGGGAUUUUUAUAUUUAGCUCUGUGAGGGACGCGCGGCGGAAAGAGGAGACCUCGAUCCCGGUGUUGUCUGACAUUCUGAUCCCUUUGAGACCGUUUGGAGCCCCCCAAAACUUGUCGUUCAUAUCGCGGUGCGCGUUAUCAGGCUAUGUGGUGGUGAGGGCGCCGUGUGUGUGUGUGUGUGUGAGCCGGAAUAGCGCAAAAUUAUCUACAGCUCCGGGUGGAAAAGAUGAUGAUGGCUGGUGGUGGCGGAGCAGCCGUGGACCAUAACGGGAUAUAUUCAAAUCCUAACCUCCACAGCCUGCAACAGCCCCAUUUGGAGGCUGAUAACCCGGACUCCCGCAAACGACCGCUGGAAACUCCGGCGGAGGAGGCCGGCUGUACCAAGCGCACCAACAUUGGAGAGGAGGGUGAGUACUUCCUGAAGGUGCUGAUCCCCAGCUAUGCAGCCGGCUCUAUAAUUGGCAAGGGCGGCCAGACCAUCGUACAACUGCAGAAAGAGACGGGUGCCACCAUUAAGCUGUCCAAAUCCAAAGACUUCUACCCAGGAACAACAGAACGUGUCUGUCUGAUACAGGGUACAGUCGAAGCCCUCAAUGGUGUCCACAACUUCAUAGCGGAGAAAGUCCGCGAGAUGCCCCAGAGCGCCCAGAAACCCGAACCAGUCAGCAUAUUGCAGCCACAGACCACUGUCAACCCCGACCGUGUCAAACAGGCCAAAUUGAUCGUGCCCAAUAGCACAGCUGGGCUGAUUAUUGGCAAGGGCGGAGCCACAGUGAAAGCCGUAAUGGAGCAGUCAGGGGCUUGGGUGCAGCUCUCCCAGAAGCCAGAGGGCAUCAACCUGCAGGAGCGGGUAGUUACCAUCAGUGGGGAGCCUGAACAGAACCGUAAGGCUGUGGAGAUCAUAGUACAGAAGAUCCAGGAGGACCCUCAGAGCAGCAGCUGCCUCAACAUCAGCUAUUCCAACGUCUCGGGGCCAGUGGCCAACUCCAACCCCACUGGCUCCCCCUACGCUAAUACAGCCGAGGUGCUGCCCAAUGCAGCCGCAGCAGCUGCCACUGCCUCCAGCCUUCUAGGCCAGGCUGGCUUGACAGGAAUGGGCGCCUUCCCUGCCGCCAUGUCCAGUUUCUCUGGCAAUGAUCUGCUGGCCAUCACCUCAGCCCUCAACACGCUUGCCAGCUAUGGCUACAACACUAACACCCUAGGUCUGGGCCUCAACCCUGCAGCUGCUUCUGGGGUCCUUGCUGCUGUAGCAGCUAGUGCUAACCCAGCUGCUGCUGCUGCAGCUAACCUACUGGCCUCCUAUGCUAGUGAUGCCUCCGGCAGUGCUGGCCACCCUGCUACAGGCCUUGGGGGGUUCUCGCUGGGUUCUCUAGCUGCUGCUACAGGGGCUUCCAAUGGUUACCUAAAUGCUUCAUCCCCUCUGAUGGCCUCUUCCCUAUUGGCGACAGAGAAGCUUGCAGAUGGGGCCAAGGACGUUGUUGAGAUUGCUGUGCCCGAGAAUCUGGUUGGUGCCAUAUUGGGGAAAGGAGGGAAAACGCUGGUAGAGUACCAGGAGCUAACAGGAGCCCGCAUCCAGAUCUCUAAAAAGGGAGAGUUCAUUCCUGGUACUCGGAACCGUAAAGUUACCAUAACAGGGUCGCCAGCCGCUACGCAAGCAGCACAGUAUCUGAUCAGCCAGCGGAUCACUUACGAGCAGGGCGUGCGUGCUACCAACCCACAAAAGGUGGGCUAAAAGGAAAAAGAAGAGGAAAGAAGGAAAGGAUGAAGACAGAGAUAGAAGGGAAUUGUGAGGGUCACAAUGAAUAGAAAAAAAGAAACGUCCAAAUAUCUGUUCAAUAUUUCAGUAUCAAAUGAAAGAAUCACAAAGGAGGAGGUGGGGGAGACAACCAAGAUAAGUGUGUGUGAUAUGUGAAUGUGUUUUUAGGGCUGACGUCCUGAUGUUUUUUAAAAGUUUGUGUCGAGUCCUUUUGACGAUGGUGAUCAGAGUAAGCUGAACUGGUCCACUGCCAAGCUGCAGAUUCAAGGGUGAGGCCACAGGGUUUCACCCUCCUCCAAAACCUCAUAGCUGUUUUCCUUUUUUUUUCUGUUGGGUUUUGUUGGUUUUAAUUUCAGUUGCAAACCUCAGCUCCCGGUGAGUUGAGUGUGUCAGAUGAAGUUCCAGCCAGCUGAUAGAGCUGUUUUACAAACCUUGCUCUUUGUAUAUAAUGCAGAAGGCAUUGUUAACAGGGGAGAGGUUUUAUGACAAGCACCUGGUCAUCUCAGUCUAUGGGGAAGCAAUCUGAGUAUAAUUUCUUUAAGGAAAUCAUAUCUAUGUUGAUAUAUGUUGAAUUCUGGCUCAUAUCAUAAUUGAAGUUUCUAAAUUUGGGUAUUUUAUCUUUUCAUCCUUUAUUUAUUGACAUGGUCUCAUUUAAACACAAAUAGAUUAUUUAAACCUGUGAAUGCAGGUUGAUCUGAAUGUAAAAACAAUAUUAGCCUAUUGCUAUUUUUUAUUUACAGGGAUCAAAUAUUGUGUUGCAGUGAAAGAAAUGUAUAACUCAAACCCAGUCUGAACUUCACUGUUGCUGUCUGCAAGUAUAGUUCAGGGGUUAAAUAAUCAAUGUGAGAGGAUAGAGGAGACACACAGGAAUGUAUGAAUAUAUUUUACAUGAACACACAUAUAAUGCUCCCACAAACACUGAAAUAUAUUUGCAUAUUCAGUCACAGCUACAAACACAGAAAUAUGUCGUUUAACCCUUUCUUGGUGCUAUAGGACUAGGUUUAUACUGUAUCUUUACCAUGAAAUCAGAAUCUCUCUGGCGACUGUUGUCUUGAUCUAAAAAAAAAGCUGAUAUGUCGUCCAGCCAUUAGUAGCCCAUUGGAUCUGCCCCAGCCUCUCACCUAAUGAAAAAGGAUUGAUUUCAGCCUUUCAUGAUGGAAAACAAUCCAGUCUUAAUAUUCCAAGUCCAUCCUCUCUCCCAAAGCUGGUCUUUUGUUUUUUUGUUUGUUUGUUUGUUUUUUACUAAAAAUUGGCCAUACUCGAGAUAUUACCUGACAUUAUGUUUGCCUUAGUCACACCUUUGUAACUCCCAAGAAUUAACUUAAAGCUCAGACUACCUUAAAGCAAUGUCUAACCAGUUCAGUUGGCAAAGGGAACAAAGCACUUCAAAAGCAUUUUGAUAAGAAAAGCUGUAUGAACCAAUAUCUGUGAACAAAAAAACUAUUGCCUUUACAUUAAGGGUACCAAAUAGUCAAGAGACACACACCAAUGAAAGGGAAAUAGAAUAAAAACACUUGAAAAGAAGGUUUGGACUCUCUUUUUUCUGUGAGCCAUCCUUCCCAAUUUGCAUCAAGACAAAAAACAAACAAUACUUCAGUUCAUCCAGGCAGCCUGUUAUCGUUCCCAAAACACGUUAACGCUCACUAACUGCGGGUGGAGCACGUAAUAAACAUCAUGAAACGUUUUGGCAUCAUUGUCUUUUAUGGGCAAUUGUUUGUCUAAUGCAGGGAGGCUAAUUGUCUAGAGCAUUUCCAAGCACUUGAAGAUUACCUUGGCUUCCUUCUGUGCUGCUAUCCAUGGUGUUCAUCCUGCGUACACUGGGUCUCUGAAGACUGCACUGUGAGACAUAAAGAACACAAUGUAAAGCAUGUCUGUCCCUGCUGGGAUGUGAGUAUAUUUUAAUGUGAACAUCUAUGUCACAUAAACAAGACAUACAAAUACUGAGAGAAGGGAUAUAUCCACAAGAACAUUUAUACUCCAGCGUCUUGUGAUGUUUCUGUUUACCAGUACCAUUGCACUGCACUUAAAUUAGCAGGCGUUUUCUGAUUAGCCAACCACAAAUUAUUCCCACUGCACUUUCCUGCACUGUAUUCUCCAGUCCUAUUUUGUCCACGUCCCCACUCUAAAGACAUCUUUCAAUUGUCCCCAUCAACCCAAGCUCUAUGAUCAGCUUCCUGAAUACACGGCUGUGAGGGUUGGUGCUGAGUAGUGUCCAAGAAAAUCAGAACCACUCCUGUUUUUGAGGGGAAAUACAAUGAACAGCCUUUUCAUUUUCAUAAUUCAUGUUUGAAAGUAAAUGGAUAUGAAAGUGUUUUAAACAACUCUUUGUGUCUGAACAUUAUGUGUGGAAAUUGCAACAGUGAGCCUUUCUUCCUAACUGAAAUCUCUCCUUUCACUAUGUGUCUGGAAGGCUUCACAGUCAUCCAUAACUACAAUCUGGCCACUAAUAAAAUCAUAACAUAAAGAUAACUUUUUACUGCCCAAGAUUUUAGCAUAUAAUAAAUAAUAAGAUACAAGCACAAAACAAGGGGAUGUUUUAUCAAUGCAACUGGACUGCUUGACUGCAGAGAGCUCUCUGAUCAUUACAUUGUGCCAAAUAGGCUACUAUUUCUCUCUGCCCCUCAUUAACUUUCCUCUUUCUCUCAACAUUUGAUUCCCCUGCAUGUUGCUGUUUCUCACCAUUCUGAGAUUCCUCCUGUGUCCUAAUCCCUGUAUGUGCUUCUUCCUACACUGUGCUCUCCCCCUCUUUCUCCUUCCUCCUGUCUUGUCUUCUCAUGGGUGGUGUGUUGGGUGUGCUGGUGGUGGGAGUUAUGCACUAUAGGUCAUAAGGGUAUGAAAAUAUUUUCCCAGGCCGUAGAGCUCACAAGGCUAAAAUGCACAGAAAACACCUGCCUCCAAAACUGUGACACCCACAAGACCAACCAGCAACGUUAGCUCAAAGUAUCAAAUUCCCUCUAUAAGAAGAAACAGCAGGAUUUAGAAAAGUUUCGACCGUGAACUAUGGCCUUUUAAGGGAAGAGAAAGUGUUGUUUUUUUCUUCCAAAAGAAGGCAGAUCUUGGUUGAAUAGAUAUUCAUACGUCAGCUGAACAAACUGAGCUCAAUUUCAGCUUGUAAACAAAGCAUAGGUAGGACAGAAUGCAUAAGAUAGUGAGUAAGGUGGGAACUUGUUUGUGACCUCAAGCCGAAACAAUGACAUCCUUUAUGCAUAUCCUCUUAUCUGAAAAUGACUAGAAUUCAUUUCUGUGGAAUACAAUAUGUCAUGUCAUAUGAUCUAUAUGUACUUUAUUGUAGCUAUUCUAGUUUGUAGUCCAAAUGCAGUCCAGCGUUGUCGAUACAAUGUGAACUAUGUUAUAUUUGUGUGGAUGAUGAGAGUGCCAACUAAGCCUGAUUAAGAUUAGCUUCGCGAUUUGUUUGUGCAUUAUGAUGACUCAUCAUCAGCCGGUGGUGUCCAUAUUUCUGUCAUUGAUGAUUUAGUUUGACAGUAAGAAAAUGUAAAGAAUAUUGGAAGCAAUAUAGUAGCAUGUUGUCCUGUUUUGUGUUUUAUGUCUGUUGUAUGAACCUUUGAAAUUACUAAGAUUUUGAAUGAAUAGGUUUACAUGUACUUUUUGUAAGUUAUGAAAAUGCUGCUAUUUGAUAAGUAAACUAUACAAAAUAUUUUAGUUGAAAAGAUGUCUGGUCUGUUGAUUAGAAACAUGCUCUAAAAGGCUGGAGCAUAAACGAGGUGUAUAGAAUACUAUACAGUAUUGGUAAGAUAGUAAAAGUAAUAAUAGACUCCAUAGUACAACCUGUGCCAAACUAGACCUCCGCAGCUUCUGAAAUUGUAGAUGUGCGAUCAAAUGUUAGAUAUCAAUAACUUGUUUAGAAGUGCUGAUCAAGUGCCAAUCAAACACUGUCUUUUAAGUUAAGAAAAGAUAAUCAAAUACAUUACUUAAGAAAACAAAGGACAAAGAACUUUUUGUGCAUUGUUUUAUCCCAUAGGUACAUAGAGUAAGAGUUAAAGAUUGUGAUUUUUAUGGAUCCAUGUUGUUUUACACUCCAUGCAUCCCUUGUGUGUUUGUUUGACCUGUGGCUUAAGUACUGCUGUCUCACAAAUGUCUCUAUAGGCCAGCAUGGACUAAGCAUAACAUGUUAUAAGCAUUCAUAACAUACCAUUAACAAUCAAAAAUGUGUUUGUGGAGUUAGGUGUUAUCUUUUUGCACGUCUUCUAUUGCAUGGUAUCAAAGUAAAUUAUGGAGGAAAAAAAAUUACAAAAAUUUGCGAGGUGUCUCGCAACAUUCAAAGACAUAACGCUGCAUGCAGUCAAAUGUAAAGCACUUAAGUUUACUCGCCUCAUGUUGAAAAAGUUGUUUUUUUAUGUUGUGAGUUAGGAGGGAGCUCAUUAUUGUCAUGUUGGCCCGAAAAAAAGACACACACACACACACACACACACACACACACACACACACACACACACACAAAC